CAAACAAUAAGCACAGAGCACAGCAGGCGCUGAGGGAUACAUUAUAAAAUGUAUGUUACAAGUGUUUACCUGGAGAGAGAGUUCCGGGGGUCAACGCCCCCGCGGCCUGGUCUGUGACCAGGCAUCCUGGUGGAUCAGAGCCUGAUCAACCAGGCUGUUACUGCUGGCUGCACGCAAACCAACGUACGAGCCACAGCCCGGCUGGUCAGGAACCGACUAGGUGCUUGUCCAGUGCCAGCUUGAAGACUGCCAGGGGUCUGUUGGUAAUCCCCCUUAUGUAUGCUGGGAGGCAGUUGAACAGUCUCGGGCCCCCUGACACUUAUUGUAUGGUUUCUUAACGUGCUAGUGACACCCCUGCUUUUCAUUGGGGGGAUGUUGCAUCGUCUGCCAAGUCUUUUGCUUUCGUAGUGAGUGAUUUUCGUGUGCAAGUUCGGUACUAGUCCCUCUAGGAUUUUCCAGGUGUAUAUAAUCAUGUAUCUCUCCCGCCUGCGUUCCAGGGAAUACAGGUUUAGGAACCUCAAGCGCUCCCAGUAAUUGAGGUGUUUUAUCUCCGUUAUGCGCGCCAUGAAGGUUCUCUGUACAUUUUCUAGGUCAGCAAUUUCACCUGCCUUGAAAGGUGGUGUUAGUGUGCAGCAAUAUUCCAGCCUAGAUAGAACAAGUGACCUGAAGAGUGUCAUCAUGGGCUUGGCCUCCCUAGUUUUGAAGGUUCUCAUUAUCCAUCCUGUCAUUUUUCUAGCAGAUGCGAUUGAUACAAUGUUAUGGUCCUUGAAGGUGAGAUCCUCCGACAUGAUCACUCCCAGGUCUUUGACGUUGGUGUUGCUUCAACUCUGAUGAAGAUUCGAUAAUUAUAUAGAAAAGCAUCAAAAUUUGCAUUAAGAGGAUAAUUUCCAAAGACAUGGCAUGCAUAACUUAUAAAGAAUUUAGAGAAGGUUGCUUGGGGUUCUUCAGGAUGGCUCAGAAACUCGGAGACAACUGGGAAUGUCGAGGAAAUGCCCAAGAAGAAGGAGGUCUCUAUCUUUGUAAGAGAGUGUGUUAUGAAAAUGAAUCUGGUAUUGAACACCAGCAAUUCUUAUUGAAAAGAUCACCACACUUAAUGGACAAAUGUAGUAUUGUAGAGGGUCAGGUGGAAGAGGGCACUCUCCAGGAUGAAGAACAACUGGAUUUAUCUGACCCAUCAGCUUUAAAUGACUUAAAUGCUAAGAAUUUUAUUACUUUUGAGUACCAUAUUGUGUAUAGUUUAAGUCAUUCUGUUCCUACUUUAUAUUUUAAUGCCUGGACUUCAUCAGGGAAAUUAUUAACUUUAGAACAAGUUUGGAGGCAGGUUCAUACUCAGUUUAGUGAACAAAUUCAGCAUAAUAAAUGGGAAACUUUAACACAAAAUGAACAUCCUCUGCUUGGUCGACCAUUUUUUCAAUUACAUCCCUGUAACACUGCAAAACUUAUGAGUCAGGUGACACCUGAUCAUUACUCUGAUUCCAAACUGUCAGUUAGGUAUAUUAUAAGUUGGUUAAGUAUGUUUGGACCUGUUAUUGGACUAGAACUUGCGCUGGACUAUUUUGUGGACUAGAAGGUUGCUUACAGAAUCCACAUUGUACCUUUAUAUGUAGAAGGGUAAUUUUUAUAUGCUGUAUUAAUAGAAACAACAAACUAAAAUAUCUAAAUUAAAACAACUUUAAAGUGAAACAAGUGUUAUCUAUUUAUAAUUUAUCAUAAUUACAAGUAUAUAUUUUGUUCUUAGAAUAGUUUGUCAUAUGUUUUACUGCUUUUUUUUAUAUGCUUUGAGAUACUGUACCUUAUGUCAGAUGCCUAAUUUAUGUUGCUCUUGCUUAUACAGUGGACCCCCGGUUAACGAUAUUUUUUCAUUCCAGAAGUAUGCUCAGGUGCCAGUACUGACCGAAUUUGUUCCCAUAAGGAAUAUUGUGAAGUAGAUUAGUCCAUUUCAGACCCCCAAACAUACACGUACAAACGCACUUACAUAAAUACACUUACAUAAUUGGUCGCAUUGGGAGGUGAUCGUUAAGCGGGGGUCCACUGUACUUCACCAGGUCUAUUAUUGUAGCCUUUACCUGUGUAUACUCUCACAUUCUCAUAAAAAAAAAAUACCUGUGGGCAAACUGUUUCUCAUGAUGAAGCUUGUGGUUGCAUUGGGCGACAAAAACUGGGGAUUCUCAUGCCAAACAAAUGUUUUUACUAUUAUACUAGAUAAAAAAAUUUAUUGUACAGCUGACCUUACAUCCUGGUAAUGCAUUAAUUUUGAAAUAGAAGAGUGUGGAGAGGGUUCAUGUGGACCCACUGGGGUUAGGUGGAUGGUUCUGGUUCUUGCAUUGAAGUGCGUGUGAAGUAUACCAAUGUGCAUGCUCAAGUAUUCUGUAAUGAAUAUCUGCUAUACAUGUAUUUUACUCUCUAGUAUACUUUAAAGAGCUGAUCAGAAAGUUAUCCCAUAAAUAUGAUAGUGUUUUUUAAAACUUUCAGAUCUUCCAGCAUUAAAUAUACAUUGUAGUGAAGACUCACCUCCUGUCCCUCACACAGUUUUAUAGAGCACUUAGAGCUUUGUUCCUUCUUAUCUGAGCAUUAAGUGCUCAGCCUACAAAUUUGGAUAUUUUAACAUUUAAUUUAAUAACCCCUUUGACAUUUUUUGAACAAGUAUAAAUCUUUAAUACUUAAUGCACAAGCUCUUAUUUUUUCUCAUCAUUUCUAAGUCUAUAAAUAGUUUAUUCAUUUGUGUACAACUCACACAAUUUCUAUUACAUGUGCAUCACCUCAAAGCCUUUAUUUAUUUAUUUAUUUAUUAAAUUGAACAUCAUUAGUAUUUGUAUUGGGUUUCAUAAGACAUAUCCAGGGCCCAGAUAGUUUUGAAAAUAUCCAAAAUACUAUAGUCUGAUAAACACAGUGAGGCACAAAACACUUCCAGAAAGCAACUGGCAGCCCACUAGCUUGGAAUACAAGUGGAAGAGGAGUCAUGUACUAUGGUAUGUAGUACCCAAAUUUAGUAUGUAAUAAUGCAUUGGUGUGUAGUACCAAUAUUUUGAGCAUUGGCCAAUUCUUUAAAGCUUUGCAUUAUAUAAUAUAAAAAAAUUUCGCACAUGAUCAAAAUUUUUGGUAGCACUUUUUCGGUUGCCUUGCAACAAAAUCAUGCUGUAAUAAAGCAUUUUUUUCCUGGUAGUUUAAAUCCUACAAGGCUGUGGCAGAUUUAAUUAAGUUGGUGGUAUAGUUAACCCUGGAUAUAAACUUAGGGAGAGGGGGGUUGGGUAGCCAAUAAUUGUAAUUGUGGUAGUUAAAGGUGAGAUUAUUUUGUCAUGAUUGUAAUAACAAACAAUUCAGUAACCAAGGUGCUUUGUCCUUUGCUUCCAAAUCUUGCGGAUUUUGUCCCAUACAUGUUUGCAAAGUUCAUUAAAUCAGGGUCUGUUAAAUUGAGAAUUUAAUGCAGUUCCUUCAGCAUAGUAUUCUCAGUAGCUUUAAACUACUACAGGAUCAGAAAUACAGUUAAUAUUAAGAUAAAAUCAACCCCGUAACUCACAGGGGAUUUUCCUGACGGUGAUGUGAAUCCUGAAUUUGCAGAUAGUAAUAGGAAAUUUAACAUGUCUGAAUUAUUGGACUGUGUUUUGGCCAUAUCUGCUUCAGUAUUGCUGUAAUCUUCUUAAUAGUGACAUUAAUAAGAAAGAGAACAUUUUAAAUACAGUGGACCCCCACCUUACAAACGCAUCACCUUACGUUAAAUCUGCCAUACGAAGCAUUUGAACGCAAAAAUUUUGCCUCGCCCCACGAUAAAAACUCGCCUUAUGUGAUUCGUCUGGGAUGCGUCCCACGCGUGGCCUCAGCUGCCCCGUGGGUGCCAGUGUUUACAAGCCAGCUAGUGCGGUUGCAUCUAAGCAUACAUUCGGUACAUUUCAUAUUAUCACAGUGUUUCUAGUGCUUGUAGCUGCAAAAUAAGUCACCAUGGGCCCCAAGAAAACUUCUAGUGCCAACCCUCUGGUAAAAAGGGUGAAAAUUACUAUAGAAAUCAAGAGAGAGAAUUAGUAAGUACGAAAGUGGAGUGCGUGUCUCGGAGCUGGCCAGGUUGUAUACCAGACCCCAAUCAACCAUUGUUACUAUCUUGGCCAACAAAACGGUAAUCAAGGAAGCUGUUCUUGCAAAAGGUGCAAGUUUGUUUUCAAAACAGAGAUCACAAGUGAUAAAAGAUGUUGAGAGACUGUUAUUGGUGUGGAUAAACGAAAAACAGAUAGCAUCUCUCAAGCGAUCAUAUGUGAAAAGGCUAGGAAGUUGCAUGACGAUUUAAUUAGAAAAAUGCCUGCAACUAGUGGUGAUGUGAGUGAAUUUAAGGCCAGCAAAGGUUGGUUUGAGAGAUUUAAGAAUCGUAGUGGUAUACAUAGUGUGAUAAGGCAUGGUGCGGCUGCCAGUUCGGACCAAAAAGCGACUGAAAAAUAUGUGAAGGAAUUCAAGGAGUACAUAGACAGUGAAGAAAUGAAACCUGAACAAGUGUUUAAUUGCGACGAAACAGGCCUGUUUUUUGAAGAAAUUGCCAAGCAGGACCUACAUUAAUCAAGAGGAAAAGGCACUCCCAGGACAUAAGCCUAUGAAAGACAGGCUUACUCUUCUGAUGUGUGCUAAUGCUAGUGGUGAUUGCAAAGUGAAGCCUUUAUUGGUGUAUCACUCUGAAAUUCCCAGAGCGUUCAGGCAAAACAAUGUCCUCAAGGCUAAUUUGUGUGUGCUGUGGAGGGCAAACGGUAAGGCAUGGGUCACUAGGGACUUUUUCUAUGACUGGUUACACCAUGCAUUUGCCCCCAAUGUGAGAAAUUACCUAAUGGAAAAGAAAUUGGACCUUAAGUGCCUCCUGAUAUUAGACAAUGCUCCUGGUCAUCCUUCAGACUUGGCAGAGCGACUUUCUGGGGACAUGAGCUUCAUUAAGGUCAAGUUUUUGCCUCCUAAUACCACUCCUCUCCUGCAGCCCAUACACCAGCAGGUCAUUUCAAACUUCAAAAAACUCUACACAAAAGCUAUGUUUCAAAAGUGCUUUGAAGUGAUCUCAGACACUCGAUUGACUCUAAGAGAGUUUUGGAAAGAUCACUUUAGUAUCCUCAGUUGUGUAAACCUUAUAGGUAAGGCUUGGGAGGGAGUGACUAAGAGGACCUUGAACUCUGCUUGGAAGAAACUCUGGCCAGAAUGUGUAGAAGGGAUUUUGAAGGGUUUGAGGCUAACCCUGAGAAGCGUAUGCCAGUUGUGGAAUCCAUUGUGGCAUUGAGGAAGUCCUUGGAGCUGGAGGUUAGUGGGGAAGAUGUGGAAGAGUUGGUGGAGGAGGACAAUGAAGAGCUAACCACUGAUGAGCUGCAAGAUCAUCUUCAACAGCAAGAGGCCAGACCUGAGGAAACUGCUUCAGAGGAGGGGAGAGAGAAAUUGAGGAAGUUGCCCACUUCAAAGAUUAAGGAAAUGUGUGUAAAGUGGGUUGAACUGCAAACCUUUGUGGAUGAAAAUCACCCUGACACAGCUACUGCAAGCCGUGUUGGCAACCUGUACAAUGACAAUGUUAUGGCCCGUUUUAGGAAAGUCUUAAAGGAACGGGAGGUACAGAGCUCUAUGGACAGAUUUGUUGUGCGACAGAGGUCCAGUGACUCUCAAGCUGGUCCUAGUGGCAUUAAAAGUAGAAGAGAUGUAACCCCAGAAAAGGACUUGCUACCUCAAGUCCUAAUGGAAGGGGAUUCCCCUUCUAAACAAUAACAACUUCCACACUCUCCCUUCCUCCCAUCCCAUCAAUCAUCACCAGAUCUUUAAUAAAGGUAAGUGUCAUGUAUUCUAUUCUUAGUAGAGUAGUAAUUGUACAUGUCUUCUUCAGUUUGUGUGUAUUAAAAUUAAUAUUUCAUGUGGUAAAUUUUUUUUUUUUCAUACUUUGGGGUGUCAGGAACGGAUUAAUUUGAUUUCCAUUAUUUCUUAUGGGGAAAAUUAAUUCGCCUUACGAUAAUUUCAGCUUACGAUGAGCUCUCAGGAACGGAUUAAUAUCGUAAGGCGGGGGCCACUGUAAAAUUCUGUGGUCUGUUUUCGGAUCAUAAAAAAAAUAUGAAGUUGUAGUUAUCCCUGAAAUGGCCUUCAGUAAAAUCAUUGUAUAUAAUUGAAACACACAGAGUUCUGGAGCUCAACCGUCCCUACUAUAUCUUUCAUUGUACAGUAUUUUGAAAAGAAUGUGCGAUUAACAAUGACAAAUUUUUAUUUUAAAUUUUAUUAAUAAAAUACUGUAAUACACAAGUUUGAAACUUGUUUUUCUUGAAAACAAUGUAUACAAUAUAUAAUUUGUGUUCCAUACAACAGUUAUUAUAUAUAGGUGAUUUAUAUUAUGAGCUUUUAUCAUUCACAACCUUCUGUUAUACAGUGCAGAUUUAGUGUACAAUACAAUUUUCCUGAAUGUGAAUUUGUCGUGUAGCAGUGAUAAACCUGCAUAGCUUCUAGUGAAGCAGUGAUGCACCUGUGUAGCUUCUAGUGUAGCAGUAAUGCAAUGUGUAUCCUCUAGUGUAGCAGUGAUGUAACUUUGAAGCUUCUAGUGUAGCAGUGAUGCAACUGUGAAGCUUCUAGUGUAUCAGUGAUGCAACUGUGAAGCUUCUAGUGUAGCAGUGAUGUAACUGACACUUCUAGUGUAGCAGUGCUGCACCUGUGAAGCUUCUAGUGGAGCAGUAUUGCAUUGCUGUAGCAAUGUUAGUAAGAGCACAUUGAAUCCAUUGUUGCUUGUAAAAUUACUUAAAUAAGUCAUUCCAGGAACUUUAUAAGACUGAGGAAGUAAGUCAUCCCAGGAACUUUAUAAGACUGAGGAAGCAUUUAUGCCUCUCAGAUUUAAUUUUUCCAUGUCUUCAUUGAAGUACAUGUAUUCUAAAGCUUACAACAGCUUUAUAUAUACAUAAAGGUACCAAUAUCAUUAAUGUUAAGGUUCCAGUCACUUCAUGCUAAGUCAUCAGACCGUUUUAAUUAUUUUAAACAUUCAUAUUACUAGCACUGUACUGUGUACACAACUGAGUAUUUUUUCUAAACUAUUGUAACACUGAUGACUUCUUAAUAUACAUAGCCUAUAGUAUAUAUUGAAAUCCAAGGUGUUAUUGCCUCCCAUUCCCCAGGCCUUGUAUGACCCCUGUGGUUUUAGCACUUUCCCUUUAAAUAUAAUAAUAAUACAGUAUUGGGUGUACACAUUUGUGCAUAUUCUUUUAUUAAUGAGUGUACUUGGAGGGUUUAACUGGAUGGUGUUCUGGGGGUCAGUGCCCCUAUGGCCCUGUCCUUGACCAGAUCUCCCUGUGGAUCAGGGCUUGAUCAACCAGUAGAACUGGAAUUGCAUUCACAUCACACAAAUUUAGUUAUUGUCUUCUUCACUGCUGUACACAUGUCCUUGAACUCCAGUUUUCAGUGGUUCACUAAGUCAUAAAAUGUGAAAAUGCUCAAGUGUUCUACAUGAACACUUAGUUCGGUCACUAGUUCAGUGAUCAAAAAUUCACAUCGUAUCCCUACAUUUGAUUUUAUGAGAUUUUUCAAGUGUCUUGGCUUAGAUAUAAGUAUUUCAGUAUAUCAUGUAAUAAGUCAGAAAUACUUGACUUUGACAUUAUUAAAGUACAUUGCAGAAAUUUACAUAGGAAUAAGUAUCAGGUGAAUUUGUCUUUAUUUAAUGUUACUUUUAAACUGCACUAAUUAAUGAUGCAUACCCUGUAUGUGUAAUACAGAUGUGAUCAGUAUAUACAGUAUACUGCUACAUUUAAAUCCAUACAUUAAAACUAAAAUCCAAUAAUUUAUCACUGCAGACAUUGUGGCCAUUUUCUAAUUAUAUUUUACCAGAAAUGUACAUAACAUUACAUGGUGAAGAUUUUGCACACCAGUACAGUAGUAAUGUUUAAUUUUUUGUUUUAAACUUUUUUCAACAUAUAGAAUACAUCCAUUGCAGCACAUUUUUGUCAGUUUGCAAUAAUGUUAUGAACAUAGGAAGUUGGUAAUUAAAGUUACUGUAUAAUGGUACAGCUACUGUAAAUGUAUACUUAUAUAGUAUUAUAUAUGAGAUGUAAAAAAAUUAACUUUGGUUUAUCAUUAUUAUGGUAACAGUAAAAAUAAAUAUAAGUGUGGGAUUCAUAGAAUACUGUAUACUAUAGGAUAUACUUUAAACGUGGUUUGUAAAACAAAUUUAUCACUUAUUAGUUGCAAUUCUGUUUUCACAUUUAUCUGGUUAAAACUCAAAAUAACAUGCAGUACUGUACUAAAAAAAAAUAAAAAAUGUCUUGUGUGCCUAAGUGUAAUGUAUAAUUUUUUGUAGUGUAGUAAAGGAUUAAUAAAUACAUUGAAUAGAAACUAAUUAUCACAUUAUUAUUGUAGAUUAAAGCUAACAAUUUAAAUUUUUACGUACAGUACAGUAUACUGUAUAUAUUUUAUAGACAAUUUUGUACUGUAUCAAAUACAGUUAGAUGGUGAAAUGUGCCAUUGUCCUCUGACUAGAUAGAUACUGUUCUGCUUUGUUCUAAGACCUGGAAAAAUAGAUGGUGAAAUGUGCCAUUGUCCUCUGACUAGAUAGAUACUGUUCUGCUUUGUUCUAAGACCUGGAAAAAUUUAGGGGAAAAUGUUUUCUGCCUAUUUUACAAGCAUAGUACAUAACUGUAUAUUUGUGUUUGUGACUAUAUAUGUGUGCGUUUGUGACUUUGUAUGUAUGUGACUUUGUGUGUGUGUGACUUUGUGUGCGUGUGACUGUGUACAUGUGUGCAUGCAUACGUAUGUAUGUAUGUGUGUACACUCAGAUCCUGUCCCUGCCUCUUAACUUGCCACUCUUCAAAUUCAAUCCCUUUGAGCUUCAUGGGCCCUGUCAUACCUAUCCGUUGAACUACUGGAUGUGUGGAGCCUGCCUCCACCAUUUCCCCACCAAGAUCAUUCCACUUCGUGACCACUCUUGAGACUGAAAAAAAUAUUUCCCAAGAUCCCUGUGGCUCAUCUGUGACUUCAACUUCCAGCAGUGUCCCCAAGUUCCCAUUUUUCACCUCUCAAAUAGUUCUUGAACAACUUGUCAGGCACUGCAACAUCAUGGAAUCUUGGUUCAGAGAACAUCUACAAGACCUUCUUCACAGCUACUACGUACAACUAACCCAUCCCUUUGGGUAGGACCUACUUCCACUGGGGAAUCUCGCCUACCAGUGAAUAUGCCCUCAUCUGCUACACGUACCUAUCCACUGAUGCCUAUAUAACCACUGGUCUUCUUGCCUUUGCUCCAGAUUCUCUACCACCACGAUGCUGUGAACACUAACUCCAAGGCUGAGGGACUGAUUACCUCAUCUUUUGUAUAUAGUUCUACUGUCUUCUAAUUAUGUCCUAGAAUCUGUAUUGAUAAAGCCACUGGAUGGCGAAACGUCUGCAAUAAAGACAUCCAGAUGUUG